AUUGUGUAGUCUAAACGAUUUAAAGCAAAGCUUUGAUUUUAUUCUGCUCAGCAGAUGUUUUUAUUAUUUACAAUUUGUAUUAAGUUACAGUUAAAAAUAAAAUAAAAAAGAGUUCAUAAAUUGCACAUCAGCAUGCACACGACCAAGAUCAAGGAGGGCGAUGAGCGGGAGGAGAUGGAACUGAAUCAAAUCUGGCGCGCUUGUCGUAAAAUCCAAGGCGCCAUUUACCGUUAUAACUUUGACAUCUGCGCCGAUUUAAAGCAACAUGAUCCCGACUGCACCGGCUAUGUUUCGGAGUCUAUAUUCACAUCGGUGCUGGGCAAGUACCGCAAGGUGGUGGGCAUGUCAGAGUUUGAGCUGAAGGAUGUCACCGACUACUUUCAAAUACGCGAUGGUCGCGUCGCCUAUCGCCAGUUCUGCAAGACGGUCUGCUCAGAAAAUCUAAGCAAGACUGCCGACAAGGAACUGGCCACCGGACUGGAGUGGAACGAUCCCUGGCAUCUGAAUGUCAUCGUACAGCCGGAAGAGCGCCGCAAGCUAUGCCUGAUAUUGUUCAAGAUAGCCAAGGAGACCCACUUGCCAUUGAUGCCCUACUUUCAGGACUACGAAUUGGUAUCUCAACAUGUGGGCGUAGUGACCGUCUCGCACUUCUCGCGCGUGCUCCACUUUAUGAAGAUACCAUUAUCGGAAGCCGAUUACUUGCUAUUGCUCAAGCGCUACAUGAAGGACGGCUAUUUGGUCAACUAUGUGGCCUUUCUCAAGCACAUUGACAAUAUUAUUGAAUACUUGCGUCAUCACAAUCUACUGGAUGGUUCGGGAGAUCUGAUUGAGAACUUUCCGGGUCGCCUGGUGGACCUGGAGCUGUCACAACUGCCAGCGAUCAAUGGCUGCCAAAUGAUACAUCCCAUAUUUCCAGAUGCGUGCAACCAUCCAAAAAAGAAUCGCGGCGAAUGCGAUAUCAUAUUCUGCAUACAGAACUAUGUGUAUAAGAAUCGUAUACGCACCUGCGAGUUCCUGGAAAAGUUCGAUGCGCUGCAGGUGGGCUGCAUCACCAAGAAUCAAUUCGAGCGCGGUCUCUCGCUCAUGGGCGUGGGCAAGUACCUGUCGCGACGUGAGUUGGACUUGGUGAUGGAUCGCUACGUGGAUCCGGUGGACACGAAUCGCAUACGCUGGCGCAAUUUUGUCGAUGAAAUCGAUACGGUGUUCACCAUGAAGAAUCUGGACAAGAUGCCGCAGUGUGUGGUCGAGUCCCCGUUGGCGCAUAUCAAGGAGAUGCCACGACCUGGCACCCUGGACUGGCAGGCGGCCCCAAUGGAUGUGCGAGAGCUGUGCGAGGAGGCCAUAGCCAAGAUACGGAUACGCAUACGCAAUCGUCGCUUAUAUCUGCAUCCGUUCUUCCGCAACUACGACAAACUGUUCUGUGGCCAUGUGAACUGUCACCAGGCCAAUCAGAUCUUUCGCAUCAAUGGCAUACUGCUCUCCAAUGCCGAGCUGGAUGCUGUGCUGCAUCGCUAUGGCAACGAGCUGGGCUUCUACUAUACCAAAUUCCUGGAGGACGUCGAUCCGGCCGAGUAUGCCAUGCCCAACAUGGUGGCCAAGCAGGAUCAGAAGGAGUGUCCGCCGUUCCCGCGCGACAACAAGGUGCCGGAGCAGCCCAGCGAGGAGGUCAUCACGCGCAUCCUGACCAGCGCCAAGCGACAGGCCCUGACCAAGGGUGCCUCGGUCUUGGACUUUUUAACCGACUACGAUCGCCAUCGCGAGGGACUGAUAUUGGAGAGCGACUUCAAGCGCGCCCUGGACAAUGCCUUGGUCAUACUCAGCGAGGAGGACGCCAACAUAUUGUGCAAUGUCUUCCGUUCGCCGACUCGCAGUGCCUGCAUCAUGUAUAAGGACUUCUGCAAAGCCCUGGACGAGAUCUUCAUACAGUACGAUACGAAUAUGGGUGACAAACUGGUUACGGCCGUGCCGCUGUUGCACUUGCCAAAUCUGGACUGCAUCGACUGCUUCCUCAACUUUGAUGAGCGCACCACCUGCUCGAAGGCGCUGAUGAAGCUCGCCCGACGCCCCGACGAGAUCUCCAAUCUCAGCCAGGUGUUCAAGGACUUUGAUCGCCAGAGCUGCGGCUCGGUCACCCAGAACCAAUUCCUGCGCGCCAUCACCUUACGUGAAAUGCACAACAUGCUCAGCAGCCGCGAGUUCGAGGCGAUUGUCAAGUGUUUCGCUGUGAAGCGCGGACUCUGCUUGGAGUUCAACUACCGCGAGUUCCUCAAAAUCUUGGACGUGCUCUAUGCCACUGGCCAGAUGAAGCGUAAUUACUAACAAAA